UUGGUGGCCCCAGAGGCAAAAUUUCUCCUCCUCGUCCUCCCCUCUCUUUCUGUCGUUCACGCCCAUCUUUUAUUUUUUCAAGAACGUUUUGCUUGAUCUUUCCUCUACCAUAAUUAGUUCAUGGGAUACGUUUAGACGAAGUUGGGAGAGUUUUGCAUGUACACCAUUUUGGUCGAGGUUAACGUAUAUCUUGAAACAACUGACAACUGAUGAGUGACACGGGCUGAAUUGUCUGUGCUGUUUCUUUCAUGGUAGCUUUGUGUUCGCCAGAGUCAGGUUCCUGGAAGAAACUAAAGUUUCAGAAUUCGUGAAAUCUUUUUGGAUAAGAGCUUCAGAAGAUGUGGCAGACUUGCCCUGUUAGAUGGGAAUUGUGUUUGGCAGGAGAUGUUUCUAAGAAAUCCUUAAUUAGCUAAGUUGAGUUACUAAUAGAUUCAAGGACAGAGGCCUAUGCUGCUAUGCAAUUCAUUUUGGUUAAUUUGGAUCAUCUUCAAUCACAUUUGUGGCUUGAGAUUUUCUCAAGCUCUUUAAAUAAAUACUUCAUAGCCUCAUUUAACGGCAUAUAAAACUAUAAAUGAGUGACGGAACCGAGGAAGUAGAAAUAAUGAAUGCAAGGAUUGAGAAUGUCAAAAACCAAGCUCACAAAGAGCCUUCAAAUGGACAUGAACUUUGGGUAGAUGGACUUCUUUGUGCUUUUGAGUACAUUCGGCCGCGAGGUAAGGCAAAUUACACAAAAUCAGGCUCGAAGAUGCACCUCAUCAAACACCCCCGGAGUCAAGAACUGGACAACCAAAACCAGCAGCCUGCAGCUUGUGACGAUGGUCCUAUUGAAAAGGAUGAAAGUGCAUACAAUUAUGUUCAAGAACUAGAUGAAAUAAACCAACAGUCUGCCGCCUAUCGGUAUGCUCUUUUUGAAGGUAGUGAAGGUACUAACGAGUAUGUUUGGCGCAAUAGUCAAGCCAUCGGAAAUGUUUCGGAUAAUCAUUGGGUUCCAAUUGGAUGGGAAAGAAUUUCUGAACUUGUCAGAUCCGUGCAAGUUGAUCAAGACAGGUUUACACGAACAAUAGACAUGAGUGCCGAGGAUGAGGAUCUCACAGUUGCAGAUAUUGCAGCUCCUUACUGGGAAAAACCAGCUGGUCCUACGUGGUGGUGUCAUGUCAUUCCAACUCAUCCAAAUGUCGAUUCAUGGUUACGAAAUGCACAAUGGUUGCAUCCUGCAAUUAGUACUGCUUUAAGAGAUGAAAGUCGUCUGAUCAGCGAGCGAAUGAAACACCUGUACUAUGAGGUUCCAGUCAGAGUUGCUGGUGGGUUAUUGUUUGAACUCCUUGGCCAGUCAGUAGGGGAUCCCUUCUCCUAUGAGGAUGAUAUUCCAAUUGUUCUUCGAUCAUGGCAAGCCCAAAAUUUUUUGCUCACAGCAUUACAUGUCAAGGGAGUCUCAUCACAUAUCAAUGUCUUAGGAAUUACUGAAGUUCAGGAUCUUCUUCUUGCUGGUGGUACUAAAUCUCCAAAGUCAGCUCAUGAAUUAAUUGCAUGUUUGGCCAGUCGCCUUACCAGAUGGGAUGAUAGGUUGUUUCGCAAGUACAUAUUUGGAGCAUCAGAUGAGGUGGAGUUAAAGUUUGUGAACAGGAGAAACAAUGAAGAUCUAAACCUGAUGAGCAUGAUUCUAAAUCAAGAAAUUAGAAGGUUGGCUACUCAGGUUAUCCGAGUGAAAUGGUCGCUGCAUGCAAGGGAGGAAAUAAUUUUCGAGCUACUUCAGCUUUUACGAGGCUAUGCAACAAAAGUUGUGCUAGAAGAGAUAAGAAAGAGUACCAGAGCAAUGAUAGAGGAGCAAGAAGCGGUUCGAGCUCGUCUCUUCACAAUUCAAGAUGUCAUGCAGAGCAACGUUAGAGCAUGGCUGCAGGACAAAAGCAUCCGGAUCACGCAUAAUUUGGCUGUUUUUGGAGGCUGUGGACUCGUGCUCUCAAUCAUCACUGGGCUCUUUGGAGUAAACCUGGAUGGGAUACCAGGAGGCAGUUCAACACCCUAUGCAUUUGGUCUGUUCUCUGCCAUUGUUUUCCUAACAGGCGCCAUCUUGAUUGGGCUUGGAAUGUUAUAUCUCGGGUUAAGGAGGCCGGUGACAGAGGAAGAAAUUAACGUGAGGAAAUUAGAGCUUCAAGAUCUGGUUAAAGCAUUCCAACAUGAUGCAGAGGCUCAUGCCAAAGUAAGGCAAGAACCAAACUCCACGAGUAGGCAUCACCUCCCACCUACAGCUGCUGAUUUGCUGCCACAUGAUGCCGAUUACAUUCUCAUUGAGCAAUGAUUUUUUUCUGCAGAAAGAUCAGCAACACCUGUGUAUGUAUGCAUGGAACUCUCUCUAUUUUGUCUUGGUAAUCUAAUAAAGCACUUUGUUGCAUA